AUGAAAGCCACAAAGUUUGGAUUUUUUGACGAGAAUACAGUUAACUCUGAAACCAUAACAAAAGAACGAUACAAAGCUUAUGAUGCUUCUGACCCAGAUUUCACAGUAGCUGAGGCAGUUAGACCUAAAAGACGAGGAAGACAAAGAAUAAAUCCUUAUGGUUAUAACAGAUUAGGUUACUAUACACGUGGUGUAAACGUUGAAAAGGCUAACGAUUUGAGUCAAAUUUACAAGGAAACAAAUGAUCUCGAGGAAAAUUUUAGAAAUUUGAAGCAAGUUUACGAAGAACAUGAUUAUAAAGUUAACGAGGAGAACAACUUAGAUGAUAAGGAUAGGGAUAACCUCAAGGACAAAAACGAUACGGAUACCAGAUUAACAUCAUCAAGUGAAGUUCUGAGUAACUUUAACUAUGAAACCAUAGACAAUUACGAAGUCAGCGACAACCACGAAACUAUUGACAAUUACACAGCUAGCGACGACUACAUAACCUCCUUAAAUGAUAACUGCGAAUUUCCAUUAAAAACAAAUGACUCUACAUUCAACACUGAAGAGUCAACUCUCAAAGAUCUCGAAAAGGAAGAGUUCCCCUUUGAUAAGGAACAGUUAUUGGAAAAGGAAAAAGAGUUAGAGGGUGUCACCAAGGAACAACUGGUUGAGGAAACCAAUGAACUUUUAAAGAAAGCUCAAAAAACUUCUUUUGAAGAACAAAAUCAAACACCUGAUAGCUUACAAAUCAAUGAACAAGUGUUAGAAAAGGAAAAAAAGAUUUCGGAACCGGAAAAUGUUUAUGUGAUCUCAGAAGAAUUGCGUCAAUCGUAUAUUCGACAGAGCAAAUUACUACCGAAGAUUAGAGGAGUAUGGUUUAACUCAACUGUACGAAGAAUGGGUUGGGUAGGUCAGGCGUACAAAAAAUGUAAAAGAAUUGAAAAAAUUUUUUCUAUAAAUAAGCACGGUUUCGAAGGUGCCAGAAAACUAGCAAUCGCUUUCAGAAACUCACAGAAACCAACCAACAAAUCUGACUUGCCAAAUUAUCCAGACAUAUCAUUGAAAGACGUGAUAAAGCCAAUUUCUCAGUUGAGAAUUAACUUACAACAACAAAUCAACCAAAACAACUCUAAGGAAGCAAAGAAUAACAUUGUUAACGAAAGGAUUCAAACUUCCAGUUCUACUAAAGAUAAGUCGGAUUACGUCCCAAGUAAACACAAGGAUGAAGUUGUUAGGCUUGAAACUAGGUCUAGUAAGAUGAAUUUAAAGGGUUUGUAUGCUAACGAAAUUGAGGUAGAUGAUUAUGAAUACCCUGUAGACUAUUAUGAACUCAUUGACCACUAUAAGUCCCAGCUGAACAAUGAAGAAAAACAAGUCAGAGAUAACAUUUGCAAGGAGGCUCUUUUAUUCAUGUUAUACGAACUAGAAGCUUUGGUGGAACUUGACAUACCAAUUCCUCCGAUUUCAAAAUCAGAGUGCAAACGUGGCAUAAACUUCCACAUAAACUUUCUUGAAAACUCAAAAAAGUCAGUUGAAGUACUUCCGUACAUAAAUUCACUUGCUCAUUACAUAUGCAAAGGAAUAACACCAACAGACAUGACUCAUUUCGAACUGUAUUCUCUGAUACACACACUUUCCCACUGUAUUCCUCUAAAGAUGGAGUUCUCAAGUACAUAA